UCAACACCUGUUACUAGGCAACAGAAAAAUCGAUAAAUACAUUCGUCCAACGAUUGUCGAUAGUUUUCUUCAGUUACUCUUUUUAACCGAUACUCAAAUGUACUUUCUUUUGAAUCAACAAUUCAAAUGAUCGAUAUAUUCGAUAUUAAAAGAAAUGGCAAAUAAAAUACGAAAGCAAAAAAUAGCUGCCAAUUACAAAGUUAAAGAACCUAUAAGCAACUUUAAAAUAAGAGUCAAAAUCGUACAGCAAAGGCCUUUGCUUGCAGAACUCUUAGAAAAUGAAGGGGAUACCAGAGACUCAAAUUUUCUUGAAGAAGAAGAUCGUAUUUUUAACUGGCAAGAAAAAGUAUUCAGUCCGUUCGAAGUGAGUUUUUAUAGCAACGAGACAAAUUGUUUAACUGAAUCUCAAAAAGCAUAUUAUCAAGAAAUCAAAGAAAAAAAUAUCGAAGGUUCUCGACUUUAUACCUAUACGCAAAAUGAUUCUUAUUAUUUAAAUGAUGACUUAUUAACGAAACCUUAUAAGACAAAGCUAGCGAUCAGAAAUCAAACUGCAUUACCGGUUUUGCAAAACCGCAAACCCUUUUCUGAAAGAUACAAUAAAAUGGUUAUAGAUAAUAUACCUGAUGAAACUAGGAUUCGAACGAAUCACUAUCUUUAUAUGGAUAAUUCUACAAUGUAUGUCAUGGUUGACUUAUCUCAACAAGAUAAAAUCUUAACAAGUUCUGAUGAGGAUACGGAAAUAGUGUUAUUUGUUAUUACGUACGAUCGAUUGCACAAAAUUUUAACAGUAAAUCCUGAUUUUACGGACGAUUAUUAUUACGUUAUCACGAAUUCCAGUGGAAUUCAAUUUAAUUAUUGGCUCGAACAUGUUUCUGAGAAACAGUCAUCGUUGGAAUUACAACAACAACAAAGCGAAACGCAACGAGAAAUUAAAGAACAACUGAUACACAAAGAAGCAGAAAUAUUUCGAGGCAUGCAAUUAGUAUUACCAAAUGUAUAUAAAUAUUUUAUAAAAUUAGAUAUUUUAUCAGCUCAUGAUUUCUUUUUUGAUGGGCUUUGUAUUUCUUAUCAUGUUUAUUUGCCAGAACAUUGGAGUACAAAUCAAAGUGAUAGUUUAUUUGGAAGAACUCAAAGAUGUAAUUUAAAGAAUAAUUCAGCAUAUUUUAGUUAUGCCUCACAAAUAUCAUUAGAAUUUCAAUCAACCACUGAGCUUGAUAUGAAUAAUCUAUCAUCUUGGCCUCGAUUCUUAUUAUCAGUUACAUCACUUGAUAGUUGGUUUAGAUAUCGUACAGAAGGUUAUGCAGCUAUACUUUUGCCUGUACUGCCUGGUUUAUAUAAAUUCAAUAUUCCUACUUGGCGACCAUCAGGAAGUAUUAUUAAUUCUCUUAGAAGAUUUUUCACAGGUGGUACUUAUGAACUAGAAGAUAUAACUUUCUGUAGUAUUCCCAAAGGACAUGAAGAUAAAAUAUUAAAUAAAUCACAAUUAAAUGUUACAUCAAGUGGUUAUAUAAAAUUAAAAAUGAAUAUCAUUCAUCAAACUCAUAAUUCAAUUAAAAAUAAUCAUCAAUUAGAUCAUUUUCAAAAACUGAGUACAGAUAAACUUAUGUCUAAUAUAGACAAUAUUUUUGAACAAUUUAAAGCAGCCAGAGAACGUAUGUUACAAAUUCGAAAUUUAAAUAUUUAAUUAUUAUAAUUAAAUAUUUAAUUAUUUAAACUUAAAUAAUCAAUAACUAUAAAAAAAUUACAUUUAAAAUAAUC